AUGGCGGAACUUAACGUGUCACUAGACAUACUGUUCCACCAUCAACAGACAUCUACUUUCACCUUCACGUAUGCAUCGUCACCAGUGAUCGUACGACCUCCUGACGACGCAGAGGCAGUAGAAGGCCAGGACGUCGUACUAGAGUGUGAAGCUACUGGCGACCCAGUACCAACACUCACCUGGAGGAGGGAUACCCCAGUACCCAUCUCUCUCAACCAGUCCCAAGCAGGGACGGGACCUCGUCUAGUGUUGUCACCAGUCACCAGAGGUCACACAGGAGCCUUUCUCUGUGUUGCUUCCAAUGGUGUUCCGCCAGCAGUGUCAGCAAGGGCCCAGCUGACAGUCAAGUGUGAGUACCAUCAGCUGACAGUCGAGUGGGUGUUUUCGGCCUGCCGAGAUGCUGCCGCCGGCAUGUACUGCCAACGGCAGGCAUGUUCCGGCAUGUUCCGGCAUGUUCCGGCAUGUUCCGGCAUAUACCAGACAUGUUCCGUCCAGUUUCCGGCCGGUCGGAACAUACCCGAGGGAACGGAUGCCCCGGAGAUCGUGGGCGGCGUGGGCGUGGUGUGGGCGGAGGUGACGGGCUGCGCGGCCCUGGUGUGUGAAUUUAGAGGCUGGCCUAGGCCUACCGUAGCCUGGACCAGGGACAGGCGGCUUAUAGAGAGCUCGCUGGACCAGUGGGACAUGGAUGGUACAGGACGGUCCAGCUUAGUCUUCAAGAGCAUCACUACUGAGGACUUUGGACUGUACACCUGCACAGUCAGUAACCUCCUGGGCUCCAGGUCCACUCUCCUGACCUUGCUAGAGGUGACAACCACCACCAGUUCCACCACAACUACCACAACUACUACCACUACUACCACCACUACCAGCACUCCUGGGUCUUCAGUGACAGUAGACCAGAAGGAUCUUGUUGACCAGGGGGUCGCGAAGACCUCUUUCAGGUCAUUCUUGCUACAUGGAGCCACCACCUCCAGCUGUGGCCCAGGAUGCCACCAGCUGCACCAGCUGGUUCACUGCCUGCCUUGCUGGCUCUGUCUACUGACCAGCUGUCUCCUCCACCUGCUGGUGCUGCUCCAGCUGCGCUAGUACCAUAUGUUUGUGGUUGCAGGGGAUCGAGUUGCAGC